AUGCCGCGGUACAGCAGAAGGAAGUCCAGCAUCACCUCGCUGCGGAGCGUGCGGCGCCCGAGCAUGAUCGCGCACAGCACCAUCGAGCUCUCCCAGAUAUCUCUGCUCAAAGAGGAAACUCAUACUGGAGACCACUUCCUCACACCAGCGCAACUCGAGAACGUGUACCGAACGAACGUGAACACCGGCCUGACGGACGGCUUCGCUGCAGAACUGCUGGAACGUUACGGCCCCAACGAGCUGAAGGAACUCCGCGGCACUAGUCUAUGGCAGAUAUUCCGCCACAAUAUGUUUGGAUGGUUUCAAUGCGUUCUUUGGGCUGCAGCGAUAGUCAAUUUCGUAGGAUACUUUUGUUCGCAAGAUAUUGACUCAGGAGGUGAUAAAGAUGAGCAUGGAGCUCACUCUGCAAAAGAGUAUCUCUACUUAGGAUCCGUGAUUGCUGGAACUAUUAUUGGUACAGGUCUGUUUGGCUUUUAUCAAGAAGCCAAAAACGCAGCUGUAAUGAGCGGUUUCGAGAAACUUGUCCCACCCAAUGCGGUUGUUAUACGAGAUGGGCUGCGGAAAACUGUACCCAACGCUGAUCUGGUUCUUGGCGAUAUUGUAGAAAUGAGUGGUGGAGACAUAGUCCCAGCGGAUGUGCGUAUACUCACGUGCACUAAUUUUAAUACGGAUAUGUCUUCUUUGACCGGAGAAUCUGAGCCCAUAAAGCACAGGCCCGAAUGUACACAUUCUAAUCCUUUAGAGUCGAAAAACAUGGCGUACUUUGGAUGUCCGAUUACUGAAGGUUUUGCUAAGGCUAUUGUAAUAGCGACUGGUGAAAUGACUCAAAUAGGAAAAAUUGCCGGAUUGGUGACUGGCUUAACAAAAGAAGAAACGCCCAUCGCAAAAGAAAUUACACAUUUUAUCAAGUUAUUGUGCGGCGUUGCUUUUACGUUUGGGAUCAUGUUUUUCCUAAUGGUUUAUUUUAUACAGAAAAGUUGGCUAUCAGCGCUUCAAUAUAUGCUCGGUAUUAUUUUGGCUAAUGUGCCCGAAGGCUUGAUAGUCACGUUAACAGUGUGCAUGACGUUGUCAGCUAAAUCUUUAAAGCGCAAAAACUGUCUGGCUAAAACACUGCAAGCAGUAGAAACGUUAGGAUCUACUUCGUGCAUAUGCUCCGAUAAAACGGGAACUUUGACUCAGAAUCAAAUGAAUGUUUCACAUUUGUUUACCAAUUUCAGAAUAAUAGAUAGAGAUGAUCAUUCGUACGUUGUUCAACCGUCGUAUUCAGCUCUGUGUUUGGCUGCUUCACUAAAUUUGAAAGCACAGUUCACAUAUGACACCAUGGACCUACCCAUCGAAAAGAGAAAAAUACUUGGUGACGCUUCCGAGUCCGCAAUUCUACGGUACAUGGAAAUGAAUCGCUCAGCCACUCAGAUUCGGGAAGAAAACCCAAAAGAAGCGGAAAUUCCAUUUAGCUCAGCUUACAAGUAUCAAGUCACUAUUCAUCGUAUGUCUGCGACCAAUUCUUACUACUUAAUAAUGAAAGGAGCACCGGAAAUCGUUUUAGAGUACUGUUCGGGAGUUCAUACUGAUGAAGGAUCUCAGAGCCUCACGCCACAAUUGAAAAAAGAACUUAAAGCCAAUUUCAUCAAGAUGGCAAAUAUGGGAGAGCGAGUUAUUGGAUAUUGCGAUUUGAAAUUACCCGUCGAAAACUAUCCUAUUGGUUACAAAUUUGAUACACAAGCACGCAACUUUCCCGUAGAAGAUCUUAUUUUUCUUGGAGCCAUAUCAAUGAUUGAUCCUCCGAGACGUGAUAUAGAAAAAUAUAUUGGUUUAUGUAGGUCCGCUGGCAUCAAAGUAAUAAUGGUGACCGGAGAUCACCCUGUUACUGCGUUAGCUAUAUCUCGUAGGUGUGGGACUAUCUCUAAUCCGACUGCGUACGAUUACGCGUUCGAGCAUCACAUUGACCUUGGCGAUGUACCGCCGCAUAUCAGGAGUCAAUUCAAAUCAGCCGUUAUAACAGGAGACGAGCUACGAAAAAUGAGUGUUAAUGACUUGAAAGCAGUUCAAACCAAGUAUGGCGAAAUUACAUUUGCUAGAACCAGUCCUCAGCAAAAGUUGUUUAUUGUUGAGACUUAUCAAUCUUUAGGUUAUGUUGUGGCUGUGACUGGAGACGGUGUCAAUGAUUCCCCGGCUUUAAAGAAAGCAGACAUAGGUAUAGCCAUGGGUAUUACCGGUACCGAAGUGUCCAAGAAAGCUGCUGAUAUGAUCUUAUUAGACGAUAACUUUGCUUCCAUUGUGUUAGGAGUGCAAGAAGGUAGAAGGAUUUUUGACAAUUUGAAAAAGACUAUAGCUUACACUCUCACAUCAAACGCAGCUGAAAUGCUUCCUUUUGUGUUGUAUGCAUGUCUAGGAAUGCCUCUGCCCAUAACUCUCAUGUUGAUUAUAGUCAUCAAUGUUGGCACUGAUUUGCUUCCAGCAAUGAGUUUAGCGUACGAAGACUCGGAGGAAGAUAUCAUGUCCAUACCGCCUCGUAAGCUGUCAGAUCACCUUGUGAAUGGCGUUUUGUUGUUUAUGGCUUAUUUUCAAGUAGGCCUUAUUCAAUUCUUCGCUGGAAUGUACGCUUAUUUCAUAGUGUUCGCUCAAGAUGGAUUCUUCCCUUCUAGCUUGUUAUUUGUUCGCAACGAGUGGGAACAACCUAAGACACAUGUGGUGGAUAAUCUGGGACGUGAAUGGAAUUACUUGGACAGGAAAAAGCUUGAGAGAAAAGCACAUACAGCGUAUUUUGUAGCUGUUUGCUGGACUCAGAUAUCGGACGUGAUCAUUUGUAAAACGAGGAGGAUUUCUAUUUUGAAGAAAGGAAUGAGGAACCAUGUGCUGAACAUCAGUAUUAUAAUAGAUCUGUUAGCUGCCACGGCGGUAGCGUACCUUCCACUGUGUCAUGAACUCUUCAGUACUGAGACACUGUCCUGGCAUGAUUUUUUUUUGGCGUGUCCAUUCUCGAUUCUAAUGAUCUGUAUGGAUGAAACGCGCCGUUAUAUAAUUAGAAACAAUAUUUCCAAGUGGUUGGAAACUGAGACUUAUUAUUAA